CUUUAUAUUAUUUCUUAACCUUCUUUUCGUUCUCUCCCUUUUUCUUUUCCUUUUUCAAUAAUAAGUUCAAUGAAUACUUAUGGCCCAUCUAACAUUGUUAUACGCCUUCAAUCAUCACAUAUACCAGCUAAAAGAAGACUUUCUAAACUGAAUACAGACUCUUCGAGAAAGAAGAAGCAAACCUACACUACUCUUAUAAACGAAUCACAAGUAUUUGAGGAGGAAGAACAUUCAGAUCAAGAAGAGGUGCAUUGGGCAUGUCACACACAAGUUUUAUAUCUCGAAUCACCUUAUUUUGCCUCCUUAUUAGGUGACAACUUUGGUGAUUCCAAAUCCAACACAACGUAUUUACCUUCCAGUAUCAUCGAUAGUACAGCAUUCAGUAGGAUAAUUCAUUACAUGUACACACAUGAAAUACAACAACCAAAAAGUUUAAAAGAGCUGUGCGACAUGUACUCUGCUGCAGACUAUCUUGGAAUGGACACAUUAUGCAUUUUGCUUGCGAAACGAUUAACUGGAACAGUCCAUGAUUGUGUUUGUUACUGUCAAACAUGUAUCUCAGCUGUGCCUGAACUAUUUCCUUUCUGCAGAACACGAUCCUUACAACUUCAAGACGAAAAAAUGGCUAUCUUGAUGGGCAAAGUUAUAACAAUCUUGACGGGAGAUCCAAAAAUGGCCCUUUCGACUUUUUGGACGACACGUCACAUGGCUCGACUAUUGCAACAGCUCCCACAAGAUAUCAGUCAGGCACUAUCCCACAAAGUGCUUCAUCGCGUGAACAAAUCAAAUGCGAUUGAAUCCUUGUAUGCUUGCUUUAAUGCUUCAAAUACACUCUCUACAAACGACCCUCUUUUAUCCUGGAGUAAGCCUCUACAUGCGACAUUGACGUCUAUUCAAUCGCGUGCUACCAGAACGAUUGCUCGGCAUUUUGACUAUUUUUGUAGCCAAUAUCCUGCUUUGUUAUCUUGCAUUGAUGGCAUCACCUAUUCUUUUGAGUUUCUUGAAUACUUAUUGCUUCAUAUUCUUGAAGAUCAAAUGGACUGUAGCAAUGUGGGUGUUUUGUAUAAAGGCAUUGUGUGUGAUCUAAUAUCUCGGCAUGCAGUUCAAUACAAUGACCAAGUUAAACAUAUAUUAAAUGUAGCCAAGGUGAUGAUUCUUCAGUACAUUACCCGACGUAUAGGAGACAUUCGACAGCAAGGUGGUUUGGAUAACCUUCAAAAAGACGUAUUAAACCAUUUAGCUGAUGACUUAGAUGUAAGAUCAAAAGCGUUGAUUAGUUCAAAGCACCCUCUUUUUCAUCGUGGCUUUUUCUCCUUCCUGAUACCUUCGAUACCAAACCUGACUUUAUCAUCUCAAUCUGCACAUACCAAUGGACUCUCAAGGCACUCAUCUCAUUCUACACUGCAUACAAGGCAUGUUAAUUUACCUGAAAGAUCUUUGAGUCAUACAACCACUGCUUCCAACAUGUCACGCUCUUCUUUUUUAACUCGACUGUUUAGAAAAUUAAGUGGCCAAUAUUCACAACAACAUCGCCACAGUCAUGCUACACUGCUUUCUAAAAAAAAUCGUGUGACCAAUCGUACGUUAUCGUCUUCUACCACAAGAACGACUUUCUCCACCACUUCAUGGUCACAAAUAAAAAUCAGUCAAUUGGAUAAAAAAGAAAGCAAGUUUUUCACAAGGAUCAAAAAGAAGACAUCAUUAGAAGAACAAGUCAGUGCAUCUAUGGUAGGCAUGCACAGACGAGUUCAAUUGACCCGAAGACCUACAUUGACGGUGGGCACAGUUGUGUUUAUUGGCCGUGUUAAUUUUGCAGAAGGAUUAUGGAUCGGGGUUGAAUUGGAUCGAAGAGUUGGUAAAAAUGAUGGUUCUGUAGAUGGCUAUCGCUAUUUUACAUCGUCUCCUAACAGAGGUGUGUUUGUUAGACCAGAAGAUGUGUCCAUUGUUGUUUAAAUAAAGUUGGUUGUACAAUA